AUGGCCCGCCUCCCCUUCCUCGGCCGCCUUACCUCCAGAGAUUACGCCGCCCUCAUCUUUGGCGGCGUAUUCGUCCUCUUCGAGGCCAUCCUCACCCUCGUUAUCUCCUUCCUCCCCAAAACCGUCAUCGAAUGGUUCUACGACCGCUCUCGCAGCCUCUUCCACUUUUCCGUCGGCCCUCCCAUCCCCAAGUCUCCCCACCAGCAUCUCACCGACCGCAUCCGUCGUGCAGAAGACUUCUCCAGGCUAUGCGAAAUCUUUGGCUAUGAGCACGAGGAGCACGUCGUCCUCACCAAGGACGGUUACCUUCUCGGACUCCACCGCCUGCCUGCAAAGAAGGGCGAGGUCAGAGAGAACUCGGGUGUAUCCACCGGCAAGCCCGUCGUAUACCUUCACCACGGCCUCCUCAUGAAUUCCGAGGUUUGGGUUUGCCUCACCAACCCCGAGCGUUCUCUUGCCUUCACCCUCGUCGAGCUUGGUUUCGACGUCUGGCUCGGUAAUAAUCGCGGCAACAAGUAUUCCAAGAAGUCCAUUCACCACAAUCCUAACUCUACCAAGUUUUGGGACUACAGCAUCGACGAUUUCGCCUGGCACGACAUUCCCGAUUCCAUCAACUACAUCCUCGAGGUCACCAAAGAACCCAGCCUGAGCUAUGUUGGCUUCAGCCAGGGUACCGCUCAAGCAUUUGCCGCCCUAAGCAUCCACCCUCCUCUGAACGAGAAGAUCAACGUCUUCGUUGCUCUCGCGCCAGCUAUGAGCCCAGACGGAUUGGCUGCUUCUGUUGUCGACAGUCUGAUGAAGGCUUCACCGACACUCCUUUUCCUCAUCUUUGGUCGCAAGUCGAUCAUGUCCUCGGUACCCGCAUGGCAAUCCCUCCUCUACCCUCCGGUUUACUGCGCGGCCAUCAGCUCUUCCCUCAGUUGGCUCUUCAACUGGCAAUCCCAUAAUAUCUCCGACUUGCAGAAGUUGGCCGCCUUCUCGCACCUCUACUCCUCGGCUUCCGUCAAAUCGGUAGUCCACUGGUUCCAGAUCAUGCGGAACGGCAAAUUCCAGAUGUACGACGACGACGUUCAGCGCGUUGUUCUGGUACGGCGCACCGCCAAGCCGUCUGGCGUUACUGCGUACGCGCCCGCCCAGUUCCCAACACGCAACAUCGUCUCUCCCAUCGUGCUUCUGUAUGGCGAUUCGGAUUCGCUCGUGGAUAUCGAUGUGAUGCUGCGCGAGUUGCCUCGCAAGAGGACGACGGCUCGUCGUCUUCGCGGCUACGAGCACUUGGACGUCAUCUGGGGCGAUAACAUCCACAAGGACGUCAACCCGCAUGUCGUCGCCGCGCUCCGAGACCACUGCAUUAACCCAGAGCGCCUCGAUGCGGCGGCGAAGAUGACCAACGGGUUCUCGGACUUUGACGACGUUACGGAAUCCAACACCCCUGCAGAUACCCUCUCCGGAUACGAAAAUUAA